UCUUGGGAUGAACGCCCACCCUCGUACUGGGAAUCACCGUCGUAUCGUGUUUACAUAGUGCGGUACAAUGUCCUCAAAGAGGCCUCGUGUUUCCGGCGGUUCGGAUAAAGAGCCACAGAAAGGUGCGAAGCACCAGAGGAUGGCGGAUUACACGUUUUCCAUACCGUCGCCACCAUCUCCAUCGAUUUCUGAACAUCCAAGUAUGGCAGCAGCGGGAGAUCCGAGCGACUUCGGCGUUACUUCAAAGAGUACCAAUUUGAGAGGGCGAAAGAGGUUUCUGGCAGAUCUAGAGGCUGUGCAGAGGGCAUCUAUCGAACAUAGGGGCUUGAGGCUCACUGAUAUACAACUCGGAGAGGAGGAAGGGACAUUCAACUGUCGCGUUUCGCGAACCGGUGGUGUGCAUGUUCUUUCGCUGAACUUCCUAGUAUCCGACACAUCUGAGUACCCUAGCGACCAUGUGCUGUUCUGUUAUUCAUCAGAUGAACCCGUUCCCGAACAAUUCAAGGAAGCAAUUGAUGAAAUCCCACGCCAGGGAGCCCUUAGCCUUAGGCACACAUUAGACGGGCUUCUUACCACCUUUGCUAAGAUUUUGAAUAGAGAACCACACUCAGUCGACGAAGAAGAGGAUCAAGAUGAAGAAGAAGACGUAGAUGGAAUAUUUGAAGAUUAUGACACUUACUCGGAGGACAAUCUCGGUAUCACAGCCAAGAACAAGAGCAAUAUCGACAUGAAUCUCAUGCAACGAGAUUUCAAUGAGAUGAUCGUCUGGAAUUAUCGGCCUGGCUACAUUUCCUUCGGGACAGACGAGUUUAUACUUUCUGUCUCGCUGCCAGUGGUCGCGCUCACCCGAGACAUUCCUGCUCGUGCGUUGAUGGCAUGGGACCGUCGGUUGCUAUCCCAGAGCCAGCACCUGACAAUGCUCAUUUCGGGUAUGCGAGGCACUUAUCCCGUUCUCGAGCGUGAUGGCAUCCUGCACCCAGAAGCUUCUAUGCGAGAUGCCAUCUUGCAGUUCCGGGUCGGACUCACUCCCAACUACAAGCCCACGAAGCAGGACGCCAUGGAUGCAGUACGCGUGUUCAGAAUGAAACAAGAGGUUCAAAACCUCAAAUCAAAUUCAAAAGCACAAACCGCUUCUGCUGUUGGUGCUCCUGUAUCAUAUGAUGGCGACGACGCCUCUGAAAACAACGACGAGGAGCCACAGCCCGAUCCGUCAACUUUCCAGUCAUUCAGUCUGAGCGCAUCGCUCGAGUCGCUAAUGAAUGACUAUUUCCUCCGUGUCAUGCAGCUACGGCUGAAGUAUGACCUAGGAUGGGCAGGCGCAGAAAUGCUAUGCUGGCAAGCUGAGAAGAUGCAGCAAAGGCCAGAGGAUGCCUUAAAUUUUGUCUGGAUGCAUGUACGAGCAGCUGACGAACAAGAGGCGGUUUUGCAACAAAGCUACAAUCUACCUCCGGAUCCACUUCUCUCUGGUCAGUCUGACGGACACAUCAACCUGCCCUUGUUGGCAUUCUGCUAUCUAAUUCGUCGACUGAUGCUUUGUUCUCGCUACUGCAUUGUGUGUCAUGAUAGGCUGAACACAGAGUACGAAACGUUGAAGCCAUACGUCUGUGACUCGAGGCUCUGUACUUACCAAUACUACUUCCUGAAUCGUGGUCUGUCGCUUGAGUACGAGAUUCGUGCCAACCCCGAGGUUGUCGACCUUCUUGUCUCGUUAGCCUUCGUGGCAGCGCGGGAAGGGGCACUUGAUAAUCCCUUGCCCAUCGGAAUGGGUCUUCGAGUGGCCAACCCCGGAGGCGCACCGACGGGCGAGCCCGAUAGCCUUUGCGACUUCGACACUUUGACUCUACCACAGAUGCAGUCAGCCAUAGCGAACCUCAUACAGACUUUGCCUCCAAUUGCGGAUGUAAAGAAGUUUCUAGAUAAACAUGAUACCAUUGGUAAGGCGAAGCCGAGGCUUCACGACAUGAACCCCCAGACCCCUAGUGCCGCUUGGCUGGUGCUUCGGUGGUGUAUUGCAUCAUGCACAGCUCAUGUGGAGGAGCUAAGCCCUGUGGAUUGCAUCCAGGGCAUCGAUUCUACUUGGAGACAGUUUCGCUUCAGCAUAGGAGCUCCUGAUGUAGAAGCCCGAUUCAAGACUGCGUUGAAGGCGGCCCAGAACCAGGAUCCCAACGCCUUAGACUAUCCUGCGCUCUACGCUUUCCAUGGCUCUCCGCUGAAGAAUUGGCAUUCAAUCAUCCGCCAUGGCCUAUGGUAUAAGACUAUUGCUAACGGUCGGGCGUACGGUGACGGCGUGUACUUUUCAAAGGAAGGAUCUCUCUCGAUGCAAACGUAUGCCAGGACGAGCACGUCGUGUUGGUCGAACAGUUCGAUCGGUGCUCAGCAGUGCUGUGCUCUGGCAGAAAUCGUGAACCUUCCACAACAGUUUGUCAGGACAAACCCAUUUUUCGUCGUGAAGGAUACCGAAUGGAUUAUGUGCCGUUAUCUCCUUGUAAAAUCGGCUUCAAACACCGAGGAGGUUCCAGAGGAUAAUACUGAGACGGAAGUUGAGCAGGAAGUGAUCCCAUUUGUCCCCUUGGAUCCACGUCAUCCCAUCACUAUGUCCACGGCGUCGAUUCGCAUUCCAGAUCCCUCUUACAAGCUCGUGAAGCUUCUCGAGGUCCGUCAGCAAGAGCAAUCCGAUGCAAUGGACCUCUUCGAUGAAGACGACAUGAGAGUAUUUGAUUAUCAAGCGGUCGCUCCGGAUCCUGCAGUAUGCGAAGAGCCCACCAAUGCGGACGACUGGGUUCACGAUGCUGCCUGGGUCAACGCGACUGUUGAACAUUUACUGCCUCCGCCCAGCGAGGCGACUCCACAGGCGACCAUGGCGCUGCAGAAGGAGUUGAAAUCCAUGCUCCGCGAACAAGAAAAAGCGAAGAGCCUGAGGGAGCUCGGCUGGUAUAUGCCUCCUGAUCUGAUCGGCGAUAAUCUCUUCCAGUGGAUUGUCGAGUUGCAUUCGUUUGAGAAAGAGUUACCGAUCGCGAAGGACAUGGAAGCCCAAGGUAUCAAUUCUAUCGUAUUCGAGAUACGCUUUCCACCGAGCUAUCCGCAUGCGCCGCCUUUCUUCCGUAUCUUGAAACCGCGGUUCCUUCCCUUCAUACGUGGCGGAGGAGGCCAUGUCACUGGUGGAGGAUCGAUGUGCAUGGAUCUGUUGACUGCAGAUGGCUGGCUACCAAGCUACAGCAUAUCCGCGAUCUUGCUGCAGAUAAAGCUGGCGAUAUCAAACCUCGAUCCACGACCUGCUCGCCUUGCGAGUAACUGGGAUCAGGCCUAUAACAUGAACGAGGCUCUCGAAGGAUACAAGAGAGCCGCGAAUACCCACGGUUGGAAGAUCCCUCAAGGUCUUGAACGUCUUGCGUUGAACUGAGUGUCCUUGUUUUGCCAGCAUAUGUCCCAUCCUCUGUACAACUUCUGUGUAUUCAUACCAUUGCUGUCGUUAUGUAGAUGUGAGAUAUGUGAAACAUUAUUGACCAGAGCAA